CGCAGUCAGUCAGUUUCGUAAUGAUCUCUUGCGUAGCAGGUCGAACCAGAGUUACCUGGUCGGGCGCAACAAUAGUAGUGAAACGAUGACUACAAUAGUUUGAUAAGGUUUUUCUUUCCAUCUUUUACCGCCACAGUUCAACAGCCGACGAAGAUUGGCAUACUUUGAUGCGCUCAAAGCCCUAAGCAGAACCCCUGGGAUAGUUUGAUGACAAGCUAGGCUAGAAGAUGUGGAGGAGUCCAAAUGACUGUUUCGUCUUUGAUGUAUUGACCCGUCUACUGCUGUUUGCAGUGUUCUGUGUGACAGAGGUGCUACCUCCUUUCACUCGUGAGAUCCAGCCAGAGGAGCUGUGGCUCUACAAGUUCCACCAUGUUGAGAAUGACCACGUUCCUACCAAACUCAUGUUUAGCAUUGCACUUUUCACCCCAAUGGCUGUCAUCAUGCUGUUUGCCUUCCUGAACAAGACAGAGAAGAGGGACAUUAAGGAGGCCUCUCUGGCUGUGACUUUGACUCUGGUACUCAAUGGGGUUUUCACCAACGCUAUCAAACUGGCAGUGGGCAGGCCGCGGCCAGAUUUCUUCUACCGCUGUUUCCCUGAUGGUCAGAUGAACACGGAGCUGCGAUGCAGUGGAGACCCCGACACCGUGGAGGAGGGGAGGAAGAGCUUCCCUAGCGGACACUCCUCGUUUGCCUUUGCUGGUCUGGGCUUCACUGCUCUGUAUGUGGCGGGGAAGCUGCACUGCUUUAGUCCAGCAGGACGGGGCAAAGCCUGGCGACUCUGUGCCUUCCUCACCCCUCUCCUCUUGGCCAUCCUCAUCGCCAUGUCCAGGACUUGCGACUACAAACACCACUGGGCAAGGUAG